AUGCCAACAGAUAAUGGAAAUGGAGAUGAUCAUGGGUGGUGGCUAGCGGUGGCAGCAUGGUGUGGUAGCAAUGGUGAUGAGCAAAAAUGGCGCAAGCAACAGAGUUUGAGUUCCAUGUCACUUGUCAGGAUAAUUGUACUAUCAUCUUCUUUAAGGUCGGUGUUGGUCUGUGAGGCAGCUGAAGCACCUGAUCCCGUGCUCGACAUCGAUGGAAAGAAGCUCAGGGCAGGCGUGGACUACUACAUUUUACCAAUCAUCCGUGGCCGAGGCGGCGGCCUUACUCUUGCCAGCCCGACGGGGGAUACUUGCCCUCUCAGCGUGAUUCAGGAGCAAUUGGAAGUCAAACAUGGCCUCCCGUUGAUUUUCACACCAGUCAACCCUAAAAAAGAUGUUGUUCGUGUUUCCACUGAUUUAAACAUCAAGUUUUCAGCUUCAACAAUUUGUGUUGAGUCAACUGUGUGGAAGUUUGAGUAUGAUGAAAUAUUAGGGCAAUACUUCAUAUAUGAUGGUGCAGUUGAGGGAAACCCUGGUCGUGAAACUGUAGACAAUUGGUUUAAGAUUGAAAAUUUUGAUGAUAAAGACUAUAAGCUUGUUUUUUGUCCCACGGUUUGCAAAUUCUGCAAGGUGAUAUGCAAGGAUGUUGGCAUUUUUGUUCAAGGUGGAACUAGACGUCUUGCUUUGAGUGAUGUACCACUCAGGAUUAUGUUCAAGAAAGCUUGA